AUGACGUACCGACCGCAUCCCCUCCGGCAGUCAUACACUGUCGAUUAUGCCAAUCUCAGCAUCGACCCAGUCGGCCGCCAGCCCUCCACGACAUCGUCUUCGGCCUCAUCCGGUUACUCCUACACAUCUGACUCGUACGACUUCGGUCGUGCAAGCACCAAUUCUUCGAUCACGUCCUCUUCCGUGUUUGGUCCCUCCGUUCAUACGCAUAAGCGCGGCAUGAGCGAAGCGUCCAUCCGACCCGGGCCUUCGAGAUCAAGUACGUACGAUGAGCCGAGAACGAAGCCCCAGGACAUGUACGCUUCAGCGCGACAGUCUUUGCGCCCAUUGCCGCAAGCUCCAAGUCCCAGUCCACCUCCGCAUAGAACAUCGCCAGUGUCCCCCAAGACACCACCGCGCCAUGAGCGUGGCCAGAGCCUCGACAUUGGCAAGCUCUCCCUGUCCGAGGAGAGGACAUCACCAAGGACAUCACCAACCCCUCUCUCCCGCUCGACAAAUGCCCGCCCGACCUCGAUGCUUCUCACGCGCUCUGACACCUGCAGACAAAGCUCUAAUGCGGUUCCCACUUAUACCCCCGGCGCCGUCAUCACCCAUUCACCAUUAGCUGCACCUGAUCUUCAAGAACUUGGGCGCUCGUCCACCAGUCAACUCCGAGCUCUCUCCAAGCUGGGUGCGGCUGAGGAGUUUGCCAUCACCUCACCAACACAAGAGGUAGUUGGUCUUCGUGGGCGUCGACGACUUCAACGAACUGGUGAUGGACCCGGCGCGCGCCCUGGCGACCGCUAUGGCUUUGGUGGUCGGAACUGGAUGGACAAACAACGUCAAUUUCUGCAAGCCUAUGAAUAUCUCUGCCAUAUUGGUGAAGCGAAGGAGUGGGUCGAGGACAUUAUACACCGACAAAUCCCCCCAAUUGUUCAGCUUGAGGAAGCACUCCGAGAUGGGGUCACAUUGGCCGAGGUGGUAGAGGCUUUGAACCCCGAAAGGCGUUUUCGCAUAUUCCGCCACCAGCGCCUCCAAGCCAGACAUUGGGAUAACGUUGCUACUUUCUUCCGCUAUCUUGACGAAGUUGAACUGCCUGAUCUCUUUCGUUUCGAGCUCAUCGACCUGUAUGAGAAGAAGAACAUUCCCAAGGUCAUCUACUGCAUUCAUGCUCUCAGUUGGCUGUUGUUUCGAAAAGGCAUUGUGGAUUUCAGAAUCGGCAACUUGGUCGGCCAACUUGAGUUUGAACAUCACGAGUUGGAGGCUAUGCAGAAGGGCCUGGAUAAGCUCGGUGUUAAUAUGCCUAGCUUUGGUACCAUGGGCGCCGAUUUUGGUGUCGAACCACAACCACCAACGCCUGAACCAGAGGAAACGGAGGAAGAACGCAUCAAUCGCGAGCUCUCAGAGAAUGCAGCGACCAUUCUGGACCUUCAGUCUCAGAUGCGAGGUGCCAUGCUUCGAAUGCAAUUAGGAAACGUCAUGAACCAGCUCUGGGACAGGGAAGAGUGGAUCAUCGAACUCCAGUCGAGAAUCCGCGGCGACUGGACCAGACAGGUUAUGGGCUACAGGCUCCAGAUGAAACGUUUCGCUGUACUUCUUCAGAGUGCCGCACGUGGAUUCCUCGUUCGCAACAAGAUGAUGAAUAGGGAACAUUUUUGGAAGACCAAGGAAAAGAACAUCAUCAAGCUCCAGAGCUUGAUGCGGGCCAUGAAGACCCGCAACGAGGUACGAGAGACGCGAUCUCAGUUGGCACAGAUGGACGGUCCCGUGAGGAGCAUUCAGGCUGUUUUCAAGGGGUUUCUGGCCAGAAAGGAGUUCUUCGCUCAACAGCAAGAAACAAAUCGCAUGCAAGGCCCAAUCAUGAGGCUUCAAUCUGCGAUUCGAGGAAUGCUUCUAAGAGAAAAAAUGGACAAAGAUCUCUCGCUUCUCGAGCAGGAGUCUCAUGCCAUCAGUGACCUACAGGCUGCUGCGAGGGCUAUGCUGACCAGGAGCCAGGUUACCCGGCAACGUAAUUUUCUUGAAGGCUUCGCAUCGAAGUUUGAGGUUCUUCAAGCCGUCUGUCGUGGUAACGUAGCUCGCUCAGAUGUUGAAGUAACCAAAGCCGAGCUUCGAGAGCACAGCCCGGAGAUAACAUCUCUACAAGCUCACAUGCGCGCUGCGGCUGUUCGACGCGAGGUGGUGGAGCAGCUAGAUGCCUUGAACGAGACUGAGCCUGCCAUUCUUGAUCUUCAAUCUUUGGCCAGGGGCAUGUUGGAACGACAACGCAUAGCCGCAGAUCUCGACACACUGGAAAGCUUCACGCCAGAAAUAACCGGAUUACAAGCACAAGUUCGCGGAACAUUGUUUAGAAAGCAACAUUUCGCAUUCCUGGACGAGCUGAAGUCCCAAGAGGAUGAGAUCAUCUCGCUACAAGCACUCGCUCGAGCCAUGCUUUGUCGAGCCCGUCUCGGGGAGCUACUCGCAGAGCUGGAGGAGCAUGAAGAACCCCUUAUUGAGUUGCAAGCCCUCGCUAAGGGAUUCAUUGUCCGCGGCCAGUUCGCCGAGAAGAAAAGGCACUUCAACGAAAAUAUGCAGAAGGUGGUCAAAAUCCAGAGCUUCGUACGCGCCAAACUGCAGGGUGAAGCUUACAAGAGCCUAACGACUGGCAAGAAUCCUCCCGUCAAUGCAGUCAAGAACUUCGUACACUUGCUGAACGAUAGCGACUUUGAUUUCAACGAAGAAGUCGAGUUCGAGCGGAUGCGCAAGACUGUUGUGCAGCAGGUGCGACAGAAUGAGAUGCUGGAGCAAUACAUUGAUCAAUUGGACAUCAAAAUUGCACUCCUGGUCAAGAACAAGAUCACGUUAGACGAGGUGGUAAGACAUCAAAACAACUUUGGCGGCCACACCAGCAAUAUCCUUGCGAACUCCUCUAUCUCAUCGGCAAACCAUUUCGAUUUGAAAGCUCUCAACAAGAGCUCGAGGAAGAAGCUAGAGUCGUACCAACAACUGUUCUUCAAUCUUCAGACUCAGCCUCAGUAUCUCGCACGUCUCUUCAGGCGGAUCAAGGAACAAGGGACAGCCGAGAAGGAGUGCAAACGCAUUGAGCAUUUGAUGAUGGGCCUGUUUGGAUACGCCCAGAAGCGGAGAGAGGAAUAUUAUUUGUUGAAGCUGAUUGCUCGAUCAAUACGAGAAGAGGUCGAAACCUGCAGCUCCAUCCAGGACUACCUGCGCGGCAAUUUCUUUUGCCUGAGGCUACUCAGCAACUAUAGCCGGUCACCUAGGGACCGGAAAUACUUGCGGGAUUUGCUGGGCCCUUUGAUACGAGACAACAUCAUCGAGGACCCUGCUCUCGACCUGGAGAGUGACCCAAUGCAAAUCUACAGGUCUGCCAUCAACAAUGAAGAGCUGCGAACUGGUCGGCCGAGUCGAAGACCACUAGACAUUCCUCGCGAUGUCGCCAUCAAAGACCCCGAAACUCGUGAGCUCUUCAUUGACCACCUCCGGGACCUGAGAGAGAUAUGCGACCAGUUCUUCAACGCUCUUGAGGACUUCCUGCCUAGGAUGCCGUAUGGUCUCCGGUUUAUUUGCCUGCAAACCUUUGAGGCACUCCGUCAGCGAUUCAAGCGAGAACCUCAACACCAUGUCCUGCAAAUGGUCAGCAACUGGAUCUGGCGGUUCUACCUCCAGCCUGCUCUAAUUAACCCCGAACAAGUCGGUGUUAUCGAGAAGACGCUGAGUCCUCUGCAGAAGCGCAACUUGACUGAAGUCGCCAAGGUCCUCAGUCAGAUUGCCGUGGGCCGUCCGUUUGGUGGAGACAACAUCUACCUCCAGCCCCUCAAUGCCUUCGUUGCUGACUCAAUGGAGCGGAUGGCUCAAAUCACCAAUGAUAUCAUCUCUGUGGCCGACGCUGAAAGCACUUUUGACAUCGACGAAUUCAAUGACCUUUACGCCAAGAAUAAGCCCACCCUGUAUAUCAAGAUGACCGACAUCUUCGCCAUCCACAACCUCGUCGCACAAGAGCUGCCUCAGAUUUGCCCUGGCCGAGAUGAUGUCCUGCGCGAGAUCAUGCAGGACCUUGGCAGUGCCAAGAACAACGAGAACGAAAUGCUCGCUGCCGGGUCGUCGGACAUCCAAAUGUUCCUGACACCUAAACUCCACGACAUGGACGACCCUGAGGCUGAAAUCAAGGCUUUGUUUAUGGAGACCAAACGUUGCAUCCUAUACAUCAUUCGAGUCCAGACAGGCGCAAAUCUCUUGGAGAUCCUCGUCCGGCCUCCAAGUCAAGAAGACGAGGUGAAAUGGCAGACGCUCCUCCGUGACGACUUCACCAGUGGUGACAAGACGAAGGGUGCCUACUCGGACGUCAACAUGGUGGAUGUGACAAGACUUUCAUACUACGACAUGAAACGCAAUGCCUUGGAGAACAUUAUGCGCCUAGAGCAAAUGGGACGCAUUACCAAGCACAAUUACUAUCAGGACGUUCUCAAUGCAAUUGCGCUCGAUAUCCGGACCAAGAGCAGGCGACGCAUUCAGCGUCAGCGAGAAAUUGAAGGAGUGAGGAUGACACUAAGUAAUUUGCACCAGAAGGCAGCGUAUCUGGAGCAGCAGCGCAAGAGCUACGAUGAUUACAUCGAGCAGGCCAUGGCAACGCUGCAGAAAAAUAAGGGAAAAAGGAAAUUCCUCCUUCCCUUCACGAAACAGUACAACCAUCAGCGUGAAUUGGAACGAUCGGGGCGUGUCCCCAAGUUUGGCUCUUACAAGUACAGUGUGCGCGCACUAGCCGAGAAGGGCGUCGUGGUUACAUGGCAAGGCGUGGCCGAGCGCGACUGGGGUGUGAUUAAUUUGACCAUCUCCUGUGACGAAGUCGGCGUCUUCAACCUCGAGGGUAGCCGUGGCCAUAUUCAAAUCCCGGGUGCGAGCGCACUGGUGCCAAUCGAAGAUCUGCUGCAGGCGCAGUUCGAGUCGCACCAGUUCAUGAAUUUGUUUGAGGGCAACUUAAAGCUUAAUGUCAAUCUGCUCUUGCAUCUAUUAUACAAGAAGUUCUAUCGGACCCAGUAA